GGCGACCUAUUCAGCAGAACAGUGUUUUCAGGUCCAGUCCGAAGUUAUUACGAGCCGGAGAACCGUGCUACUACUGCCACGACGUUACACUGUAAAUUACAAUCCAAAAAACGAAGGAAAGCCAGGCAAUGCAUUGCCGUCUGCAAACGAGAAUCAGCCCCGACUAGGAAAGAGACGCGCAGGGACUUGAAAAAAAAUUAUCUCAAAGAAAAAAUUAAAGUUUUAAAAGUAGAAGAUACAGAUCCAGUUUGUGCAGUGGAAGCAUCGGCAGCACAAGCCCUGGGCAUCCCAGUUAACCGCUGACUGUACCGGCUGCAGCGACAUCAUGAAGCUCCUCCUCCUGUUCCUCCCCUUCCUCGCUGGGGUCCUCGCACAGAGCUGCCCCAAAGACUGCAUGUGCAACACUGCCAAAAUAAUCUUCUGCAUCUAUCGGAAAGUCGCACUGGUUCCCCAAGGGGUUCCGGACGACACAGUGAGCCUGUACCUCUUUGAGAACAAGAUCACCUCCCUGAGCGCUGAGGACUUUGCCGGGCUGAGCAAGCUUGAGCUCCUGGAUCUCUCCCAAAACGCCAUCACCCACCUCCCCAGCCAGGUCUUCCGCCCGCUGGAGUCUCUCCGCAACCUGGACCUGUCUUCCAACCACAUUGAGGAGAUCACCAACGACAGCUUCUCGGGGCUUCACUGGCUGGAGCGCCUGUACCUGCAUGGAAACCGCAUCUCCACCAUCCACCCGGCUGCCUUCGACGGUCUGGAUCAUCUCCUUGAACUCAAGCUCCAGAAGAAUAGCCUCCAUGUGCUGCCAGCCCUCCACGCUCCCAAGCUGCUCCUCCUGGACAUCAGCUUCAACCAGAUCCCCUCACUGAGCGCCCGGGACCUCCACACAGCCAAUCUGGAGACCCUAAAACUGGCCAGCCUGGGGCUCAGCUCCUUGGACAGAGAGAUGUUUGAAAACCUCGGGAAUCUCCAUGAGCUGGACCUCUCGGACAACCAGCUGACCAAUUUCCCCAUCCCCCUCAAAGCUUUGCGGGGUCUGACCAAGCUCAGCCUGGCGGGCAACUCCCAGGUAGCCCAGCUGAGAAACGAAGACUUCAGCAACCUGGCCAAUCUCCAGGAGCUGGAUGUGAGCAACCUGAACCUGCAGGGCUUGCCCGAAGGCUUCCUGAAGCUCUUCCCCAGGCUACAGACACUCACUGCGGCAGAGAACCCCUUCAACUGCAUCUGCCCGCUAGCCUGGUUUCCCCCAUGGGUGCGCAACAGCCAAGUGCAGCUGCUGAGGACCGAGGAAACCAGAUGUCACUUCCCCCCUCUCAACGCGGGCAAGGUCCUUGAAAGGCUGGAGCACCACGAUUUUGGAUGUCCUACCACCACCACUGUCACGACCACCAGGGUCAGCAUGAGCACUUCUAAGCCGGGGUUGACCACUAGUAUCUCCCUAACCCUAGCACCUAGCAAGCCCUCUACUCAACCACCCCCAGCCAAGGAAGAAAGCACCCCAGCUUCAGUCUCUCCAGCACCCAACAGCAAAACCAGCCCCAAGGUGGUGCACAUCUGCCCAUCCAACAUCUGUCUGAACGGGGGAACCUGCCAGCUGGAUAACCUGGGGGAGCUGGAGUGCGUCUGCUCCAAAGGGUUCUGGGGACCCUACUGCGAAAAUGCAGAGGGGACUCCUGAGGCGAUAUCCACGCCAACCGUAGAGACGGAGUCUGCUAUCAACGCCAGGCAGGUCACAAGCACGUCAAUAGCGGUGGACCUCCAACGCUACAUUCAAGCCAGACGGCACCUGAAAGGGAUUCGCCUCACCUACAGGAACCUCUCCGGUCCGGACAAGCGGCCAAUGCACCUGAACCUGCCACUGUCCUACCCAGAGUACACACUGCGCGGGCUCCGGCCUAACUCCACCUACUACAUCUGCGCCAGCCCUAUGGGGGAGCCAGAGCAACAGGACAGCUGCUGUGUUGAGGCCCAGACCUCCAGCCAGGAGCACCAUUCCCCCGUCACCCAGUCCUAUGACGGGCAUCUGACCACCAUGGUGGUGCCAUCUGUGGCUGCCGUGAUGCUGGUGGUGGCGGCGGCGGCUGUGGGAGUCUAUUACCUCCGCAGGAGACGUGCUAAAGGUCACCCAGACCUGGGCGCUGCCCCUUGCCCCUUGGAACUUGAGGGGGUCAAGGUGUGUUUGGAGAACGGAACUCUUCCUCCAAAGGGACCAGAGAUAAUGCAACCCCAUAACAGACUGGAGUGCGAGGUCCCGCUAAUGCACAGGCACUGCCCUGGCAAUAACAACGUUCCGGCCAACGUGAAAAACUCUUACUUCUGAGCUCCUCUUAGAGAAAGCCUCCUUAGAGAGACUGAGGAGAAGGCUUGCCCCUCCCCUCCUUCCAUUAGAGAGGGAUCUGGGGGUUUCCAGAUGCUGGUUUCUGGAGUCGCUGAAUGCUUGGAGAAAAAAAAACCCCAAUGUGCAAUAAUCCGUGAGGAUAUUUUUUAAUGAUGAAAAGCACACUGAAUGUGUUUUUCUUUUUAAACUGCGUAUAAGUACCUCACAUAUGUAUGCAGAACUUUGUUAGUUUUUUAAUACAUAUUUGUUGUAACACAUGGGUUUGUAAAAUGAUUUAACCAGAUUGCAAAGGAAAGAAGUAAAAAAUAAUCAUUUAAGUGGAUUAAGAGAAGAGGUAGCUUUUCAAGAAUGUCACCUGAAAGCACGGAAAUUUGUAUUUGACAGGGUCAAGGAGAGACAAGGCUGGUUUUAGUUCACAUCACAAGACCCGCUAGGGACCGAAACCUAGACAUUUC